GCUUUUUUGACAUUAUUUUUCCUAUAAGUUCCCCUUCAAACCUACCUCCUAUCAAUCAAACCAAACCAAAAACAAUCCCAAAAUAUUUUAGGCCAAGCCCAUCUUCUUCCCACCUUUCCCUAAAUCCCCAUAUUUUCUCUCGAAAAUCUCAAAAAGCCCUCCUAAUUCUUAGUUUCAUACACUAAAUAUUGGAAAAUAACUACCCAAAACCCAUAAUUUGUUUUCUGCAUAGAUUCAUUGAAUUUUCUCUGCCAUUAUUACGGUGUCGUUUGGAAUUGAAAGCGUUAAAAAAAAAUUACAAAAAAUAAUAAAGAAGCAGACGUAUGAACUGGUUGUUUAAUCUGGGAAUUUUAUCAUCAAAUUCAAAUCACUUCAUAACUUGUUUGUUGAUCUUUAUUCUCCAUUACUUACCUCAAUUACACCCUUCUUUUUUAUUCUUUAAUCCCACCAGACAACCCCUUACUUCCUCAUCGUCAAAUUCUAUCCUAAAUAAAUAGUUUUUAAAUAUCAGUAUUCAAUGGAGCUCAAGAACAACAAGAGUAAUCGUCAAUUGCGUCAAGGUCUAUGUAACUCUACAAAUGAGGGUCAGGGAAGGCAAGCUCCAUCACCAUCUGUCAUAGUCAUAGGUUCCGGUAUGGCUGGUAUUGCUACAGCCCGUGCUCUUUAUGAUGCUUCUAUUCAGGUGACAGUGUUGGAGUCACGUGAUAGAGUUGGUGGUCGGGUAUGCACAGAUUACACAUUGGGGUUUCCAAUAGAUCUUGGUGCAUCAUGGUUACAUGGUGUCUGCAAUGAGAAUCCCUUGGCACCGUUGAUUGGUAAACUUGGCCUGCCCCUUUAUCGCACCAGUGGAGACAACUCCGUUUUAUAUGAUCAUGACUUAGAGAGUUAUGCUCUCUUUGAUUUAGAUGGAAAGCAGGUGCCCCCAGAGCUAGUUGUCAAAGUUGGCGAAACAUUUGAAGUUAUUUUACAAGAGACGAAUAAAAUACGCGAAGAAUCCAUUGAGGAUAUGUCUAUUAAACAAGCAAUUACAAUGGUCUUUGAAAGAAGACCAGAGUUAAGGUUAGAAGGGCUUGCACAUAAGGUGCUGCAAUGGUACCUAUGUAGGAUGGAGGGCUGGUUUGCGGCCGAUGCUGAGACUAUAUCUCUUAAAGGUUGGGAUGAGGAAGUGCUACUCCCUGGUGGACAUGGGCUUAUGGAACGAGGCUACCUCCCUGUUAUAAACACACUUGCCAAGGGUCUAGACAUACGCCUGAAUCACAGAGUAACAAAGGUUACAAGGCAUCGCAAUGGGGUGAAGGUAACAACAGAAAACGGAGCUACUUUUGUGGCUGAUGCUGCUGUUAUUACUGUUCCUCUCGGUGUUCUAAAGUCUAAUACAAUUAAGUUUGAGCCGAAGCUUCCAGAUUGGAAACAAGAUGCAAUCUCAAAUCUAGGAGUGGGAAUCGAGAAUAAGAUAGUUUUGCACUUUGAAAAGGUGUUUUGGCCAAAUGUGGAGUUUCUCGGUGUUGUUGCAGAAACAUCAUAUGGGUGUAGUUAUUUUCUGAAUCUUCACAAGGCUACUGGUCAUAGCGUUCUUGUAUAUAUGCCCGCUGGAAAGUUGGCCAAGGACAUCGAGAAAAUGUCUGAUGAAGCUGCUGCCAAUUUUGCUUUUAAGCAGUUGAAAACGAUUCUUCCUGAUGCAUCUCCACCAAUUCAUUAUUUGGUUUCUCAUUGGGGCUCAGAUAUAAACUCUGUCGGUUCUUACAGCUAUAAUAUUGUUGGGCAGCCACAUGAUUUGUUUGAGAGACUUAGGGUUCCUGUAGAUAACAUAUUUUUUGCGGGGGAGGCGACGAGUGCUAGUUAUCCUGGAUCAGUUCAUGGUGCGUAUUCAACUGGCAUGCAAGCCGCCGAGGAAUGCAGAAUGCGUGUUCUGGAACGCUAUGGCGAGUUGGACUUAUUCCAACCUGCUAUGAGUGAAGAUUUGAUCAGCGUCCCCCUCCUUAUUUCUAGGAUGUGACUUAUGGUGUUAUCACAACAAUGUAAUAGAAAAAACUUGUAUGUGAUUAUGUGUUAAAAGAUUGCAACAUAUUUUGUGUGAACAAACUUUGUUAAUGUCUAUAAAUAAAUCAUUAUAUUAGUUAUU